AUGGUGACUACCCGUUCCACGGCUACAGCCUCCAACGCACCACCACCAUCCGAUCUAGCCGAAUUCAUGAAGCAGAUGCCUGAAUCCAUGAAGGCUCUGAAAAAGCAGAAUGAAGACCUGGCUGUAAGGCUCACAGCUGCUGAGGGUCGUAAUAGCAAGAGGGACCAAGAGCGAGCACGAAGGCGUGAAGAACGGUGUUCUCAUCGCGAUGAGGAAGCAAGUUCAGUCCAAGCUAGCCAUCAUACUACCAUCCAGAAUGAGGAGCAUCGUGAACAGCAGAACCCAGAGAGGUCUCAGCAUACUAGGCCUCGAAGGGAGCAAUUUCAAGGGCGAAAGGAGGACCAGAUGAGUGCUGACAUGGAAGAUUUAAAGAAGAAGUACGAAGAACUAACUCCCAAGUUGGCUGAAAAGGAUGGAAAAACCCCUGCUUCGGGGUUUAUGGAUAACACCGACCUGCCUUUCACUGAUCGAGUGUUAAGUUUCCCUCUGCCUGAAAACUUCAAGAUGCCUCGCGUCAAGGAGUUUAACGGUAGUGGCGACCCUUCUAAACAUAUAGAAAGCGUCCGUGUUCACUUUUCCCUUCAUAGGUUUCCGGAUGAAAUAGCAUGUAAAACUUUUCCUCUCACUUUGGAAGGAGUUGCUCAGGAUUGGUUUGCCAGAUUGCCUGCCAAGUUAAUAGACAGCUUCAAAGAACUUGGAAGUCUUUUUUUAAGCCAAUUCCUGGCUACCAAGAAGAGGAGGAAGCAUUCGGCUUGUUUACUGUCCUUGCGUCAAGGGAAGGAAGAAAGCCUGAAAGAUUUCAUGCAUAGGUUCAAUAAAAAAAAAUUGUUAGUGGAUAACCCGGGGGAUCAAACGGUAUUAUCCGCGUUAUGGCAUGGGGUCAGGCCAAACGGGCCUCUAAUGGCCGAAGUAUCAAAGAGUUCAACAGAAAUAACUCUUCCUGAGUUUAUUGCCAAGACAGAGGAGUAUAUUAAUCAGGAGGAAAUGAUUAAAGCUCUCACAAAAGGUCAGGAGGAAGAAGACCGGGAGAAGGAGGACGCCAAAAAGAAGCCACCUAUAGCAUCUGCUCCAAAGGAAGAAAGGUUUCAAAAGAGAGUAGUAAAGAAGACUGUACUAUCAGUCCCAAAGACAGAACCCCGGCGGCGUGAAGAUCGAAGGUUCACACCUUUGAAUACCAAGGUCAACGAAGUGUUUAUGGAAAUCAGAAGAGACCCAGCUUUUAGGUGGCCAAGUAAGUUGCGGGGUGAUCCAAGGAAGCAAGAUCGGACGAAGUUCUGCGAGUACCAUAAAGCUCACGGGCAUUUGACGGAAGACUGUAUAACCUUACGCCAGGAAAUCGAAACUUUCAUUAGAACUGGAAGGUUAGUAAGAUUCCUAGCAGGAGAAAGGAACCAAGACGCAGUCCACCAACAGCCCCUUCUGUUGGAUGCCGACCGAGACGUAGGAAGACGAGAGUCGAGACAUGGUCGGGAUAAUGGACACAAAGAAGAUCCGAGGCCCCCUCGGGAUCAAGGGGUGGUAGGAGAAAUCCAUACUAUUGCCGGAGGAAUAGCUGGUGGAGGACAGUCUAAUUCGGACAGGAAAGCCCAUGCUAGGAAGACACAGACCGAGGAAAUCUUUACAGUGCAGAGACCGUCCAAAGUUGCAAAAAAGGAUUCAGUGGUCCUUUCUUUUUCUGAAGAGGACGCUAGGGGGGUAAUGCAGCCCCAUGAUGAUCCGCUAGUCGUAACUGUAACAGUGGCCAACCAUAUGAUCCACAGAAUUCUGGUGGACAAUGGAAGCUCGGCUGAUAUACUGUACUGGCCAGUUUUUAAGCAAAUGGGUAUCGAUCGUGAUAGGGUCACACCAUUUAGCUCUCCCCUGGUUGGAUUUGCAGGAGAGCAGGUCCAGCCGAUUGGUCUUAUUUCACUCCCUGUAACGGCAGGAGCAGCACCUAAGCAGAAAACUGUGAUGGUAGAUUUUCUGGUUAUUGACCCACCAGGUGCCUACAAUGCCAUUAUCGGUAGACCUGCUUUAAAUAAGUUAAAGGCCGUAACUUUAACAUACCAUUUGAUGAUGAAGUUUCCCGACGGAAGAAAGAGUCGGAGAAGUGAAUGGGGAUCAAACCCAGUCGAGAAGAUGUUAUAA